GGCUGCACACACACAGUCAGGCGGGUAUUCGCAGCGCCAUUAGUCGCGCGCGUCCCUAGAUAUCGCCCCGGUGUCUCCGGAGGCUUUACCAUCUUCCAGUCGAGACAUCAGCCGCUCUGACUGAGCCGCGCGGUCACUCGUCGCGCAAUGGCUUCCAAGUUUCUGCUGCUGGCGCUCUUGGGCGCCUUGGCGGCGCUUAGCGUGAAUGCAGGUCGUGUGGACGCCACUGGCCGGACGCUUCUGCAAGCCAAGCCUCCGCGGUUCCCUUACUGCCGCUGCGAUGACCGCCUGCGUGUGAGCCCUUGGCGCCUGAAGUGGGACGGCUACCUGCAGGGCGUUGCUAACAACGACUGGAUCUGCUUCAAGGUCUUCACCAACUUCACCGACACCCGGUGCACGGGGCCCGUCGACCUGCAGCCCGCGUGCUGCAAGCCGAACCUCUCGAAGCUCGAGUUCGAUGUUGCCCCCGAGUGCAAGGGUACCUCGAACCGUGCUCUGAUCAACAAGGACGUGACCGACCUGAAGACCAUCGCCGUUGAGGUGCUGGACAAUGGCCGCGCCAUCCUGCGCAUUUCUAAGGGCCUUGACUACUCCGCGGCCACGCUUCCAGCUGGCGGCCUGUCUGUGUGCGUGAACCGCCUGGCUGGCCAGUGCACGAUCAGCGAGCUGUUCAUGUCGCCGACCUCCGUGCAGUACGCCCUGUUCAACUCCAAGAACUGCUGCCCCACCGGCGUCACCGGCCCCGGCGGCCCCACCUUCCCGACCCCCGUCUCUGCCCCUCCCCCGCCGUUCCGGGACCGCCCGGUCGCCUCCCCCUCGCCUCCCCCUCCCCCUCCCCCUCCUCCCCCGCCUCCUCCUCCCCCUCCCCCGUCGCCUCCUCCUCCUCCUCCCCCUCCUCCUCCUCCCCCUCCCCCUCCUCCUCCCCCCUCUCCUCCUCCCCCCUCUCCCAACCCGCCUCCCCCCAAGGGCCCCUCUCCCACCCCCAACAACUUCCCUUACUGCAACUGCGCCACCUACGGCCGCAACUCUUUCCCGUGGCGUGUCAGCGUUCUGAACAAGACCACCACCGCCACCUCUGAGCGCGUGUGCCUGAAGCUGUACGUUGACCCCGCCGUCGCUGCCGUGUGCAACAACAAGUUCGGUUGCUGCAAGCAGGGCCUGCAGAAGAUCGAGCUCGAGGCCACCUCCACCGUGCCUGGCCAGUGCAAGGGCUCGAUCACCCCCUUCACCCUGACCGGCACCACCGAUAUCAAGAGCUCUUUCCUGUGGGACUCCACCCGUCCCGUCCUGAAGUUCACCAAGCUGGACCUGUCCUACGACCUGGGCGUUGCCGGCGCUGCCCUGUGCUUUUCCCUGAAGGGCCCCGGCUGCACCCGCCUGAACCAGCUCUGCGUGUCGGGCAAGCAGUGCCCCACGGCUGUGUUCAACGGCCAGACGCCGUACAACACGUGCUGCCCCUCCUUCUACCUGGACGCGUAAAGCGCGCUACAUCAGCGAGCGUUGCGCGCGAGUUUGGCUGCUGUCACGGAGCGACUAUUCUUCGGUAUCCGUUGAAGCGGCUGCGUGCUAGGGGCUUGUGCGGGUCGUGCGUGCUUACGCAGUGAUGUGAAGACGGAGGGGAGCGGCCACCUGUCGCCCCUCUUGUCUGCUUUUUUGCAGGGCUCAUGUUGGGCAGAGAUGACUUGACGUGUGCGUGCGAAUUAAUCGUGUGCGAGAUGGAGAGGUGACGGGACUACACAUGUGUGCUGGACUCGCUUUUACACAGGAGCUUACAUGUGCCUGUUGCGAAAUUCUGCCGGUGCAGAGAUGACGCUGAUACAUACCGGAAUGACUUGUUUGCGUGGAUUGUGUGGUUUGUCGUUUGGUGUGUUCUCUGAAGGUCAGAAUACAUCACUAGAAUGUGCUCAUCAUGAUAAUGCGUGCCAUGCAAACCUUAGCGCGACGCCAAGAGGGUCAGUAUCUCCAGCCUCGCUGCUCGGUUUGCCAACCAUUACACCCUUCGCAUCGAAGAGUUGGCUCGGCAGCAAUCUGCCUCUUCUCUACCUUGGUCUGCCAGAGCAGACGCUUCUUCUCUUGUAUGGGAGGUAUUCUAUCUGCCGCAGUUCAUACGGGCAGCGGCGUUACGCGCAGAACUCGCUUGCAGGCUCUCUGUAAGGACUACUGCGU